AUGGAGAUGACCGGCGUUUGUGUCAGUGAUGCGCUAUUGUUGGAACAGCAGCGUCUCGAGCCUAUUACCGUUAAGCCCAUUACCGCUAAGCCCGGUACUACUAAGUUUAGUGCCGCUAAAUUUAGUACUACUAAGCCCGGUGCCGCUAAGCCUAGUACCGUUAAGCCCGGUACCGUUGAGCCUAGUGCCGCUGAGUCCGGUGCUGCUGAGCCUAUUACCGCUAAGCCCGUUGCCGUUGAACCUAUUAUUAUUGAGCCCGUUACCGCUAAGCCUAUUACUGCUAAGCCCGGUGCUAUUGAGCCCAUUAUUAUUGAGUUUAUUACUAUUAAGCCCGUUAUUAUUGAACCCUACGUAUAA